AGAUUGAAGAAGAGUUCUUCUUGUUUUGUAGCUUCAGUUUCUCUGUUUUUACACAAUUUCCACUAAAACUACAUCUAAAAUACAACAACAAAUUCCAGCUCCGCGGGAAGGAGGCGACCGGACUGUUUGUGAGCUGUUAUCCCAACCGAGGAUCGGCUUCAAAAUAGAUAUAUAUUUAAUUAAUCUGGAGGAAGACUGCUGCUGAGGCAGCACAGAGGGGUGGAGUCCAGUCCCACAGCAAGGUGCGCCACUUUAAUGCUUCAGUUGGAUGGUUUUCCUACUGGAGACGGUGUUAAGGCUGAUCGAUCGGCUGGCAGACUGACUGGAUCUAUGAUGGAAUUACAGACGUUACAGGAGGCUCUGAAGGUGGAGAUCCAGAUCCAUCAGAAACUGGUUGCUCAGAUGAAGCAGGACCCUCAGAACGCAGAUCUGAAGAAGCAGCUGCAUGAACUUCAAGCAAAGAUCACAGCACUCAGCGAGAAGCAGAAAAAGGUGGUGGAGCAGCUAAGGAAGGAGCUGCUGGUGAAGCAAGAGCCCGAGGCCAAGCUGCAACUGCAGGUCCAGACUCCUCCAGCAGGGGGCGACAUCAAGCCGGCCAACCUGCUGCAGAGCCAGCAGAUACCAGCACUGCAGCAGACGCUGACCGUCACGCCGGUCCUCACCACGAAGACUCUACCUCUGGUACUGAAAGCUGCCGCCACGCCUGCCCUGCCCGGCUCCGUCCUGCCACAGCGCCCGCCCACCGUAGCUAUGGUGACUGCAGCCAUCACCAAACCAGACUCACAGAACACCCCCAUCAACCUGCAGGUGGCCAGCAAGCUGACCAACCAGACCUCGGAGCCGGUGCGGCUGGUGUCCAAGAACGCCGUUGUGGUGCAGGCCACCACUGCCCAGCCAAUCAAAGUUCCUCAGUUUGUUCCUCCUCCUAGACUGACGCCUCGACCCACCUUUCAGCCUCAGCAGGUUAGACCAAAACUGGCCUCGCCCACAAAUGUCCCCAUCGCGCCGGCCCCUCCCCCACCCAUGAUGGCGGCCCCCCAGCUCCUGCAGAGGCCCGUCAUGUUGGCCACCAAGCUGUCCACGUCGCUGCCCUCGGCCGCUCCCAUCCACCAGGUACGCAUCGUCAACGGGCAGCCCUGCGGCAAGACCGGCUCCGGCCCGCUGACCGGCAUCGUCAUCACCACGCCCGUCUCUGCCGCGCCGACGCGCCUCGUCAGUCAGGUGCUCAGCAGCCCGGCCCCCAUCCCCGCCCCAGCACCUGCCCCGCCCAUCCAGAUCAGCAGCCUGACCACUGAGCCCAAGCAGACUGUUAAAUCGGGAGGAGCAGAACAGAAGGCAGUCGUCAGCCUCCGCCCCUCCGCCACCCCUCCACUGUCUCCAGCUCCCAGACCCAAGAAGGAGGAGAACCCAGAGAAACUGGCCUUCAUGGUGUCUCUGGGCCUCGUAACACAUGACCACCUGGAAGAGAUUCAGAGCAAACGGCAGGAGCGGAAGAGGAGAACGACGGCCAACCCCGUGUACAGCGGAGCCGUGUUUGAACCCGAGAGGAAAAAGAGUGCAGUGAGUUACCUGAACAGCCCUCUGCACCAGGGGACCAGGAAGAGAGGUCGCCCACCCAAAUACAGCAGCGUCACGGAGCUGGGCAGCCUCACCCCGACCUCCCCCUCCAGCCCCGUCCGUCCUCUCCCCCUGCCCAGCCCCAGCUCUGGGGAUGGAGACAUCCAUGAGGAUUUCUGCACUGUGUGCAGACGCAGUGGGCAGUUGCUCAUGUGCGACACGUGUUCUCGUGUUUUUCACCUGGACUGCCUGGAUCCACCCCUGAAAACCAUUCCUAAAGGCAUGUGGAUCUGUCCAAAAUGUCAAGAUCAGAUCCUGAAAAAAGAAGAAGCCAUUCCAUGGCCUGGCACCCUGGCUAUCGUUCAUUCCUACAUUGCUUACAAAGAAGCUAAAGAAGAGGAGAAACAGAAACUGAUGAAGUGGAGUUCUGAGCUGAAACUGGAGAGAGAGCAGCUUGAACAGAGAGUCAAACAGCUCAGUAACUCCAUAACGAAAUGCAUGGAGACCAAAAACACCAUCCUGUCCCGUCAAAAGGAGAUGCAACUUUCCCUGGACAAAGUUAAACACCUGAUCCGCCUCAUCCAAGCCUUCAAUUUCAACCAGGCUCUAGCAGAGACAGAGGGUAAGGACGCCAGAGUUCAGGACAGUGCUCAGGGUGCGGUCGGCUCCGAAACAGCCCCCGAGGCCGGCUCCGUGGAGAAGGUAAAAGCCGAGCGCUCCUCAGUCAGCAGUACACAGGAGGAGCACCAGCCGGUGGGAGCCGUGGGAGGAGGUGCCAACAGCCAGCCUGACAGCACAGUCCUCGUGGCCGAGACCUGUCCUGGUGCGGGGCUGGGGGCGGGGGCGGGGGGGAAGGUGGUGCCCGGGGUCGGGGUCGGGGCCAGGGGUCACACGCAGACCGCUCUCCCGGCGGAGGGCGAGUCCAAGCCUCAGACUGACACAGCUGUGGUGGGGGACGUUCCCACAACUGUUGCCACCACCAACGGCAUGGCCGAGCCGGCCCGCCCGGACCACGGCCCCGCCGGCGUCUGCGCCGCCAACACCAACUCUGAGAACAAGAUGGCUGACAUCAGCCCCACAGAGCCAGCGACGGAGAACAAACAGGAGGAGAUCGCCGACGGCAACGGCAGCAACACCAACAACAGCAAAACCUCAGAACCCUCCCAGCAUUCUUUGCCAGCUUUCGUCAGCAGUUUGGACAUUAAAAAGUAACGCUAUGUCUCUUCGGGUUGCGGGAAUUCAUACAUAUAUAUUAAGAAAAAAAAAGGACUUUUGCUUGCACCUUAUGGUGCCCUGAAGUUGCCAAUCUGUAUAAAUGUUGUUUGUUUGCAUUGUAUUGUCAGACUGUGUCAAUGGUAGAUAUCCAGCCCAGGUCACAUGACUCUGGGGAGACGUAGUCCAUUCCACCCACAGAGCUGGGGUACAGGAAAGCGUACAUACCAGAUUCACCAUGCCAAUUAGUGAUAGACAUCAUGGUGGGAAUGCUUAAAGGGAGAUUUAAUUUAUCAUCACACCAGUGUGUGCCUGUUACAGUGGCCCCUGUGUUCUCUUGUGUGGUGGGGAAAUGGUUCACAUGGGUACGAGGAGAAGCGAGAACACGGAACCAAACAUCUGUCAGGGGUGACUGGUCCAAGAAGCAGUGUUGUGAUAGUUUGUGUAAUGAAAAGAGAACCUGUUCGUCCUCUCUUCCUCUUGAGCUUGAUGUACAGAACCUUCUGCUGUCCCUUAACCUCCAAGUCCCUCUUGUUCUCAACGUCCUGCAAUGAACUCAUCUUCUUUAUCCUAAAGCAAACUUUUCUAAAAGAUAUUCACAUCUUUGACUUUCUUUGACUUGCAGCGACUAAAAUCGGAACAAAGCUCUCCAACCAAAAGGGUUCAGUAUGCUUCAGACAAAGUGUUGUCCGUGCUGUUAGGCAAAACCUUUAGUCUCUCCUUGUGGUAGUCAUGGUGGUUGACAUUAAAUGUGAUGAAAGUAACUGAAGAACGAAAUGAUGGACCAGGUAGAACCCAGUUCACUGUCCUUCAGAAGUGUGAAAGGCUUCAGUAGAGGAACUCAAGCGUAACCCUCCCGAGUUAAAACUCUGACCACUUCAUUUCUGUUUCAAAACCCAACAAGCCCCAUUUAGCAACAUUCAGGUGAUGGAUUAAACAAGUCCCAUCACUUUUCUGUCCACCAACUCUAAAUGUACCUUUACGAGUCCGUCAGUAAUCAUACAGAGUUUAAGUAGUAAAUGUUGUUUUACUUUCUCAUCAACUCGAUGAUUUAAACAGCAUUCAGUCUUUUGAAAAACCUCAAAAAACAUGACCUAAUCAGUAAAACAAAUCUAAUCUGCAAUCCAAUCUGAUUAUUGCUGCCGUCUCCCCAUCGUCAUUGAAACGUCUCCCCACCUUUUCCAGGCAUCCAAGGUUGCCCAGCCUCGUCCAUCUAAAGGACUAUUUGUACAAAGAACCUGCACUGAAUACGAACUACAUAGAAAAUAUUCUCCCUAAACCAGAACGCUGGUUGGUGACUAGAAAUAUCCCUCCCACAUUGUUUAAACAUGGCUGCAGUGGAUCAAACUUCCCAGUACACUCCACGUCAAAUACUUUGUCUGAAGUACUACAGAAAUGGUUUUUGCUGAGUCAUGAAACUCACUUGAAGCAUACUGAUGCCUUUUUAAAAAGACUUUUCCAUGGAGAUAAAACACUAAGUCAAGAAAAGUCGACAGUUUAACUCAACCUCCCAGUCGCUACCCUCCUCCUUCCAUCCCAGGUUGCGCCACCAGAACUGGUGAGCUGAGUAAGCGAGGACGCUGACAGUUGGGCUCAGCAGGUACGAGGACGAACAGGGACAGUAGCCUAACAGAUGUUUUAAGUGGAGUCAGUCAAGUGUAGUGAUUGAGUUUUCAUUCGUGAGUCAAGUGUGUCAACUGUGAGCACUAAAUGUGAAAUUGCAAUAUUGCAACGUCAACACACACAAACUAUAUCUGGGCUGUGUUUCUUUUUUAUAGGAAAAGAUAUUCAGGUCUUCCUAGUCUUCAGAAUAAGUGCUUUCUGUUCCUGAACCUGCUGGACUGGCAUCAUCAACACAAGGAAGAGUUCUCUUUUUAGAAGUGGUGAUCUUCGCAUUAUGUGCAUUUCUGUUGAAUCCUGAACUGCCAAAAUGAUGAUGUAUCCAAAUUCAGCAGGGACAAGUCCACUUACUGUAUUGAAAGAACAAAUCAUUGUCGUUGUAAAAUAUCGAUGCCACCCUUUCAGAAAUUGGAAGUCCCCACAUUGAGACAGGAGAACUUAUUAAACAAUAACAUGAAAGGAUCUUUUUUUUUUUUGUCCUUAAAAUGGAGGGAUUUGUUGUGUGAACCUUCAGAUUGAUUUCAAAAGGACAACAACACAAAUCCUGAGAUUAAAGCACAAGCUUGCUGCAUUACAAAGAAGUGCUGAAGAGCUUUUUGUAUGCAAACAUGGAAUUUAACAGAGUAUGCAUCUCUUUGUUGUGAUGUGACUUAUCCCCACAUUGCCAAUAUUUUUCUAGGAGGGAAUACAAACCUCUGCCUGAUAUAAAGGCUCAAAACCUUGUUAAUAUUCUCGGUGAGCAGUUGGUGGGCUUUAUCCCCUUACAGUUAGGCUGGCGCAGAGCAUGUUGGGGUCGAAAUGUGAUGCUGUCGGUUGGGAUCUGUCUUUGUCUGUUGAACUGAUCAUGACUUGUGGCUUCUUAUUGGGUACGGGGCAAUAACAAACUCUGGUCUGCUUAUUAAUGGUGCCUCUGGCUGUGCUGGAAUUGUUUUGUUUUUCUUGCAUUUUAUCUCAAAUUUCACUUUUUUUCCACAUUGUGUCCUGCGCCCACCCUCCACCUGCUGUCCAGAAGGUUCUGUUAUCCACCUAUUUCAUGUAGGACAUUGUCGACUUUGUCACUGAGGGGAUGUACAGCCAUGCCAGCAGCAUCCGCAACAGCUUUCGCGUCCAAACUUUGAGAUCAGACAGUCAUGGUCCAUUGAGGUCGAGUCUGUUAUUCUUCAUCCAGCACCGCCAUCGUGCCAACAUUUGGAUCUGUCCGACGUGAGCGAGUAGCUGCAGAACAAAUUGUGCUGUGCUUGCUGUUCUUCUCCUGGAGGGUUGUUAGUAAUCGUUGAGCGACACAGUUCAAGCUGCUGGAAUGGCUGUAUAUUUGCGUGGAGGAUUAUGUCCGAUUUACAAUGAAAAGUUUCAUAGUAGUGUUUCUGACAGGGAAGGGAAUAUCCUCGUGAUAGCUGGGGUCAACAAAAAGAUAAACUGUUGUGGAGUCUGUUUUUUUUUUGUUUUUUUUUUUAAAUAUCAUAUCACAAGGACUCUCUUAACCGAAUCAGCAUAUCUGACACCUCACAUCAGCUGUAAAAACUGCCUUCAUUCAGAACAUCCCUGACAAACAUGCAUUCGGCCACAUCUGGUUAAUUUAAUCUGAGUUCAGCCAUUCAAACGCAGAAGGAUGAGAAGAGCCAGAGGUGUAACUAACAGGGAAUGGCAACGGAAGUGUCCCCGCGUCCUUUUGAAUAUUGAUCCGUUUUGUGUUUUGUUCCGUGUCCUCGGGUGUGCGUUGUUGGACUGUGUUCAUGCGGACAGAGCAGCCAUCCAGUCUUUUCACUCAGAACCCGGGCUCGUCUCCAGGCAGACUGGACCUUUCCUUCUGUACAGUAGGUACCUCGAGUGCCUUUCUUCACACAGCAGAUAAUAUUUGUCUCUUGACUUGCACUGUGACUUGUAGAACCUUUCUAAGCCUCCAGAUCACCAUCCUCCCCCGACACACCCUCGCCCAAUCUCCGGAGCACAAAACCUGGUCCUCGGACCUCAGGCUGCGAGUAUUCAAUGCAAGUUCCUGCUACAUUUCAUAUUAGGCCGUUCUGAAUUGACCGCAUAGUGUUUUUGUUGUUGUCUGAUCUAGGAGUUGCCUUAAAUGUGUUUUCGUCUUCUGUGGUGAAACUUUUUACGUUUAGAGGAACAGAAGCUGGCAGAGGUCAGAGGCAGUGUGGCGAGAAGCCGUCGGCUUUGUUGUUGGUCGUGACAUCUCACUCUGAGCCGUUUUGUGAUGCACUUUUAGUUUGACCAGUAUUAUCACAAGAGUGAGAGCAGGAUCAGCUGGCAAUAACAGUCAUGAAUCAGGAGCUUGCUUUUAGUUUGAAAGGCCCAUCAGCUCCCUUUUCUUUGUGGUACGUCUAUUCGCCAAGUCAGGCAACACGAGCCUGAGUGCAUUUCAAAAGAACAAACAUUGAACUAAUUAGCAACAUCUGUCCACUUAGUUCAGUGGAGUGCAUGCCUUCUUAUGCAAGUUUUUAUACACAAGUUGUCAAACAUUUUUAAUAUGCAUUUGCUUAUGUUGUUUUUGUUGUUUUUUGUAUGUUUUUAUGUGAAACUUAAGUCACCUUUUUUGUUGAACAUUCUGGCAUCCCGAUGCCAAAGCGUGUGCAGUUAACACGUUGAAGUAGCCAUUCAUGAGAAAGCUUUUUUGGGGGGGUUUGUGAACGGAGCUGUGACCAUUUCAGUCACGUGACUCUGAAAUGCUUUUGAAUUCCCCAACUGAACGCACGUGGUCCAGAAGGUUUCAACAAAUAUGAAACCUCCACGGUUUGGAAAAACAAAAGUAAUAAAUCCUGACCCUUGUCCUGACCUCCAGGGAUUUUAUUUUUUCUUUACUACGAUUGCUAGGAAGUAUUGUCAGUGGUUGAGUGUUGGCGCCAUCUCAGCUAUCCAGAUACAUCUGUUCUCCUCUUAGCUUAUCCCUUAAUUUGAAUUUGGCCAAGGCACAAUAUUAAAUGUUGGGAUCCAGGAUGCAUGGAUAGGAACGGGGGCCUCGGCAAGUCUGACUAAUUCCCUUGUCAGGGUCUAAAAGGAAUUUAAUCCAAAGAACUCUGCUGAUGUUGAUUCGUGUGGAAACCUUGGCACCAGUUGCUGCACAUCACUUGGACAUCAAUUUCCUCUGUUGACAAUACUGAGUGUGUCACUCACCUGAAAGAUAUUGCGCCCGAGGAGCUCCAUCAUGCCGAGGACAUUGCUCUGUACUGCUUAGGGGGGAGACUAGGGAGAGAGGGAAGGGGGGACUCGUGAGAGGUAGUUUACUCCGACUCUCGCCUUUUCCUUCUUCAGUUUUAAAGCGAUCAAGUCAUGAUUGUGGCCUUCUAGUAUUCUGUUGUUACAUUAUGUCAUUACUCUGUUCAUGCCCGGCCUCCAUUCAUUCAUCCAUCCAUCCAUCCAUUAUCCAUCCAUCCAACCAUCCUGUCCAGACCCAACUGUACGCCUGCAGCUUUUUACCUCAUCCACAGCUUGAUUCCAUUGGGUGUGUUGAAAAAAAAUUAAAGAGAGAGAGAGAGAGAUGAAUAAACUUUAAAAAAAAAAUUAAAAGAAGUCUUUUUUUAAUCUUCCAUUUGGUGAGAUGCAUUGUAGCGAUAUGAAUAAAGAAAAAGUUCACCUUGUGUGCUGAAUAAUGUGUAAAUUGGUAAUUACACAAUCUGAAUAUUUGUAUAAUUGUUUGUAUUUUUUCAUAAUGAUUUUGGAAAGGAAUGUGUUUAUUUUUUUGACUUCUGUUCCAGAUGUGUCUUCUGUUGGCCUGACAUUGUGACUGGUCUGGUGGGAUUCUUACCUCUGUAUUGAGCCUCUUCUGUGAUGAAUUCUUUGUAUGCAGUGUUUAGGAAAUACUGUAGGGAACAUGGGGGAGGAGUUGUUAUUAGGAGCAUUUGAUCAAUUUGUAUUUAUUUAUUUUAUCAUUUUGUUAAUAAAUUGUGAAAAGGACUCUGUUUCCUGAUUUCA